UACUUAUGACAAAAUUUUCCCAUGAUCCUGCAGACAAUCCAUGUAUAUAAAUUGAAAUACUUUUUCUCUUUCUUCGCUUUCACAAUACAUUAUAAUUUUUCAUUUACUACAUAAUGGCAGUCGCACAAGAACAUUGGGCAGCAAAAUGGGUCAGAGCUUCUGAUGGAGAAAUUCCACCAAAUUCAUUCUGGGAAGGAGAUCAUGCAAUCGGUAGAGGUUAUUUUAAAGGUGGUUUACAUAUAGGAUAUGUAAAUCAAAAUCGAGGUCUCAUUAUUGGAUGGGGUGGAAAAGAGGAAUUUCUUCGUGAGUAUGAAGUUUUAACCGGAGAUAAAUCUCAUUUUCAUUGGGUUGAAUGUUCGGGAGCUUGCCGACCACAAUUCUUUAUUCCUCUGAAAGGAGGUUACGAAGCUGACGGUAAAGAAUUAUAUAUCGCUAGAACGCAUCAUAAUGGAAAAGAUAGGAUUGGUAAAGCUGGUCAACAUUUGAUCGAUGGGAUGAAUUAUGUUACGGAUGGACGUGAAAUUCCGUGUCAUAAAUAUUCUGUAUUUGCAUUUAGAACUUAAAUUAUUUAUUAUUUGGAUGAUUGGAUCUUUUUUUUUAAAAAAAAAUCAAAUUUUAUAAUUUUAUUGUAAUUUAUUAUUAUUAUUUUUUCUUUUUAAAUGUUAAUACAAAUCUUUUUGUAAUGUUCACGAAAUUAUACAAGCGAGAAAAAUAAAAUAAUUU